GGCAAAAUGACCACUCGUCUAGCCGUCCGCGCUUUCGCCUUCAUUCCACCCUUUAUUCGCUGUCGCUAUAACUCUUCGGACUCGGUGAAGGUUCCCCUCGAGCUUAUAAGACAACUGCGCCAGCAUGUACCCGCCGUCACUCUUCCCUUGGCAAGGACCGCACUCAGAUACUCCGGUCUUGACGUACCCAAGGCCGUCGAAUAUGUGCACAAGUUUGACCAGACAAUCCUAUCCGAAAGGCCGGGAAAGGUGUAUGAUCGGGCUGCAGGGGAGGGGGUGAUUGCGAUAUCCGUUCCGAGCCCCGGACUAGGCGCGAUCGGGAACCUCGUAAGAGGGGGCAUGGUCGAGCUCAACUGCGAAACGGACUUCGUCUCCCGCAGCGGGGCGUUCAAUGUUCUUGCCACGAAAAUUGCGCACACCGUUGCGUUCUUUGCCGAAAGAACGCCCGAUGAAGAGUGCUUCUCUGAUUUCGAUCUGAAGACACUGGAAGACGCGCCGUUGUGCUCACAAACCGGAGAUUUGACCGUACAAGCAGCAGUGAAGAAAGCGGUCAGCGAGUUCAAAGAAAACAUCACUAUUCGCCGAGCAGUGUCUUUGCUCGUACAACCUCCCUCCCGAAAAUACAUCGCCGACCGGGUCUUUUACGCUGGCUGGUACGCGCACGGUUCGCAUCGCUCAGAGAUUGGAGAGACAGGCAAGGUUGGCUCCCUUCUCCUUCUCGCCGCAAGCCCGGAUCAGAUUUCAGAUCAAGCAAAGCUCAUCGAAGACAUGUCCAAGCUUUCCAAAAAUCUCGCAAGACAGACGACCGGAUUCGAAACGUUGUCCAUUCGCACUGAUGAGCCGCUGACGGACGCAGACUCGGCCAGCACUAUCCUAUACCACCAGCAGUUUGCCAUGCAUGGUACGGAUCAGACCGUCGAUGAUGUUCUUCAAACGUACGCAGACAAAUGGGACAUCAAGAGGGAGAACGGGGUGGGGAUGGACGUACGCGACUUGCGAAGAUGGACUGUUGGAGAGGGCAUGCCGGCCAAGGUAGAUACCUUUGCGGAGGAGGUACGGAAAAUGGCGGGCGAGAGCCCAUGAGAGAAAACAUUAUACCGCGUGUUGCACACUAAUCAAGGAUUAAAC